CGGGUCGGCGGGGCUCAAGGAAAGCUGUGGUGCGGCGUACCUAGCGCCGCCUAGUAGCCGGAUGGCGGCCAUGUUGAGCGCUGUGUGCAGCAGGCUAGCUUGGGCCCCGCGGGCACCCCGCACUGUCUGGGCGCUCACCCGUAGGUGCCUGCAAGCGCCUGGACCCCGGUCCUGUGCCAAGCAGAGCGAGAGGGCGGAGGAGCCACCGCGCACCUUCCACCCGUCGCUGCUGGAGUUCCUCGUGUGUCCGCUCUCCAAGAAGCCGCUGAGGUAUGAAGCAUCAACAAAUGAACUGAUUAAUGAAGAGCUGGGAAUCGCCUAUCCAAUCAUUGAUGGGAUUCCCAAUAUGAUACCACAGGCAGCAAGGACAAUGCAUCAGAAGAAAAAGCAGGAGGAAGUGGAACAGCACUAGAUAAAAACUUCUUACAACUGCGA